AUUUGAGCCGUUUGCGACUCCAACAUCGACGUAGUUCAGUGAUGAGGUGAUCAUAAACUCGACAUUUGGAGAUUCUAUUCGCACUUUCUGUUGUGAAAAGUGGCGAGGCCUAUCGACCUUCUUCCCAAACCGAAAAGCCUUCCCAGAGGCCGGCGCAAGCCCAAUGUGCUUGUAGUGCCGUUGAAUCUCCCUCAAAGGAAAUUCAGAAACAGACUCGGAGCCACCAUGGCCGAUCCGACGCCUACACCACCACCGCCGCCGGCUGCCGAUGCUGCGCCGAAAGCACCCCCUCGAAACCAGGCUCUGCGCAUGCUGGGUCUGCCUGCCCUCCCCCGCAAACUACCAUCUCGGAACUGGAUGAUAUUCUGGACCAUCUCGGGCGCGAUAACGGCGGGGAUAAUCUACGACAAGCGCGAGAAGAAGAGGGCCAUCGCAAAAUGGUCGCAUGCAGUUGAACAUCUAGCUAGGGAACCGCUACCCGACAACAGCCUCGGCCUCGCGCAACCGCGCAAGCUGACCAUCUACCUCUCAAGUCCGCCCGGCGACGGCCUGCGCGUUGCUCAGGACCACUACACCGAGUAUGUGAAGCCAAUUCUAGCUGCCAGUGGGCUGGACUGGGAGUUUGUGCAGGGCCGUCGGGAGGGUGAUGUGCGCGCCUACGUGGCUGAGCGUGUGCGUCGGCUCCGCCGCGGCUGGGAAAACGGCGACGAGCUAGACCCGACAAAGGAGCCCACCAAGGAGGAGAUUGUUGAGGCAUUCCGCAAAUCGCGGGGUAUCAAGGACUACGACGGCGUACGGGGCGAUGUUGUCAUUGGGAGGCACACAUGGAAAGAGUACGUCAGAGGCUUACACGAGGGUUGGCUGGGUUCCCUUGCGCCGCCUCCAGAACCGCUUCCGGUAACCCCCACUGCGGAAUCGAUCACGGAUGAUAAGUCCGCUGAAGGCCAAUCUUCCGAAGACAAACCCGCCGAAGACAAGCCUGCCGAAGAGAAGCCCGCGGAGGAGGCAAAGAAGCCCAAGAGGCCGCCUCAGCCAAGGCCCCACAACACCACAGCCGACUACUCUACGGCAUUCCUCCCUCCUCGCGCCCCUAACGAGUUCGAUCCCUCCGCACCCAUCAACGAGCCCCACCUCCUCGGUUUCUUAAACACACCAACCCGCCUCUACCGCUUCUUCAACCGCCGCAAGCUGGCCGACGACAUCGGCCGGGAAGUCGCCGCCGUGUGCCUCUGCACCUACCGCGAGUACCAGCAGCUCGCGGCCGACGCUGACGCCGCCAGCCCAACAGACUCUAGCGAUCAGCCACAAUGCGAGCAACAGAAGGAGUUGGCGUGGGAAGAGAAGGACUGGGUCAAGACAGUCUGGAAGGAGGAUGACCCGAAAGAUACCGAGGCCGCCGAGGUUACCGAGAAGAUUCACGCGAAACCCAUCAUCAUGGACUCACGCAUCGCCGAGCGCAUGCGCCGUUUCCAGCUGCUGCCCGAGGACGAGGAGCGGAUCGGCAAGAUUGUGGUGCCCGAGGAGGAGGUCGAGGGGUGGACCAAGGGGAAGUUGCGCCAGCUGUACCGGUGGGGUGCGAGGAAGGCUUUCGAAAAGAAGAAGGCAUCGCCUUUGGACGGCGAGGAUGUGGACUGAAGAGCGGGAGUCAGGUGUUGUUGCAUGAAGGAUGUACUUGUAUGACUGCUGGGUUUAAAUGUUGGAGUAUCACGGUGCAUAGCUGUGGUCACAGCGCCCAUAUUGUAAGACU